CUCUCGGCUCUUUCUAGGUCCGCCCCUGCUUCUCUAAUUUAUAAUUAUAUUUAUAGGUGGCCAAAAUCUCUACUUGUUUCGAUAGAAAAAAAAGAAGGAAGAACUUUGCGGACAAAAUGUGGUUGAACUCUAAUUCUAUUGAUAAUGAAGAGAUAGCUCUUCUCAAAGAAGAGGAAGAAGAAACAUUAUCACUUGGUGAUAUGCCUAACAAUAAUGAAGAGAACCAAACAACAAAGAAAUUUCCUCUUGGAACUGAAAGUGUAACAACACAAGAUCAAGAGUUUGAUUUCUUCCAAGGCCAAAUUUUACCUCUAAGUGAUUGCCAUGACAUCGGCAUAACGGGCGGAGCUACAUGCAAGAAAACGAGUUUAACUGACUACUCUUCCUUGCAAAUAAGGAUAGGGUCCAUGGAACAUUGUCACCAUCCAAUUGGGAUUAAAAAUUCAAGUAUUAAUUCUUCCACUACAAAUUCUCGAUGUUCCUCGUACGAGCCUCAGAUUCGAAACCAAUUUCAUUCCCAACCAAGUCCGACACCCCAGAUUCGAUUUUCAAAGAUUACAAACAUCAAUAGUUGCAAUCGAAAAUCGACUAUGUGGAGCCUUUUUCGUGUUGGGCUAGUGAUAACGCCAGAAAUUGCAUUACAAGAUCUUAAAAUUAGACGCAACAAGAAUUCCAACAUUAGCCAAAAUAAUAACAGCAAUAGUAGCAGCAAUGACAAUAGAAUGAGGUCUAUUCAAAGGAAAAGGGCAUUUCUGGGAAGCUGCAAAUGUUCUGUUGAAACAGUUCCGUCAAAACUUGUUACCAUAAACAGAGGCAGCACCAAUCGUAAAAGGGUAGAACAGCCAGGUGCACAAAGCAUUCUAUGUAUACCAAUUGUAAAUAUCACGUCAUCAACAUUUGAAGGGUCAAAGGCAGAAACAUAAACAUUCAAAAAUUAUAGUUUCUUCUUGGGUUUCCCACCUCCUGAUGUUUUGAUAUCUGCUUUGAGCCUCGGCUAAUUCAAAGUCAGGCUAUUUAGUACUCAUCAAAAGAAAAAAUCUUUCUACAAGAAUCUGUUUCAUUCUAAAGUUCGAACAUAUCACACUGAUUAUGGGUCAAAAACAGUGCCACACAUGCUUGAACUUGGUUUAAUUUCAAGUACUACUACUAU